AUGAGUGUGGAGAUACUGCAGGGCGCCCCAUCAUGGUCACUGUCCUGGUAUAUCCAGAAGUAUGUGUCAUGGAUUCUGAGGAUUAGGAAAGAGGGAACAGAAAUUGGUUGCUGCAUCCCGGAUGAAGAUGUUCCUCAGAGGAAGAGACAUUUUGUCCACGGAACACGGGUCCGCUUGUGGCCGCCCAGCAGGGUGGAGCCCAGACAUCCAAAUGACGUUUCCAACAGGGUCAUCAUGGAGGUGGUCCCCUGUGUCAGUUCUGAAGAGGAAGACGAACUGUCUGUCGAGAAGGUGGAGUCCUUGGACAAGGAAAAUAUCAUCCUGGAGCCCUCGAGGGAUUCCUUUCAUCAUCAUAGAAGAUCAGAAGAGUCCAUCGAAUACCCGAGUUGGAAUAUCCAGAGGCAGUGGGACUGGAGUAGUGAUGAGGAAGACUGUGAGGGCCACUCCAUCUCCGUCACUGCCCUAGUGCAUGCAGAAGCAUGCUUGUCUGACGCCCCGGAGGAGGAGGAGGAGGAGAAGGCAGAGGCGGCCAUUAGAUCCCGGGAUGACACCGGCAAGGAGGGUGGACCUGCGGCCACAGAGACGGAAGCCACUGCUGCCCUUUGA